AUGGGGGCCGUCGAUUACGCUAGGAAACUAGCGCGGUCGUUUGUUUUCUACUCUAUAUGUCUGGUCACAUACCUGACGUCCGUUCUCGUCAUAACGUUAUACGUCGGUUUAGUGUUCCCUGUGUACCUAUGGAACAAGCCGGCGGUCGUCAAGGUCACAAACUGGAUGUUCUUCACCUGCUUUAAUCUAAUUGGAUUUGUGUUCAACCGCUCAUGGAAGUGCGUAAUGCUCAACGACCUGCCGGAGGACUAUAAGAAGAAGCAGCGCAUAUACAUGUUCAACCACCUCUCGUCCUCUGACCCGUUUUUGGUCACCCACAUCGGCAUGAAGCUGCCGUUGGUUUGCACGUACAAGGACUCCCUCCACAAGAUUCCCACCACACGACUCAUGAUGGGUCUCAGUGGACAGUUGGCUAUUAAGUUCAUGUACGACAAGGCGAACGACAGGAAAAUACCGGUUCGCGACAGUGUCGGGAAACUGAUGAAGGAUUGCAAGGAUGCCAUGGACCAAGGAUUCAACUUGUGCGUGUACCCAGAGGGUAAACGCAGCCGGGACGGAGUCUUACAGGAAUUCAAGGACGGGUUCUUCAGGUUCGCUGUAGAACACGGCGUGGAGAUCCAGCCAUGCGCGAUCAGCAACUCGGCAGCUCUGUGGCCGCUGAAGAGCACCUUCCUGAUCGGUUCGGGUUUGGCUUACAUUAACAUCGGAAAGCCCAUCAGCCCUGAGGGCAAGACUGUAGAGCAACUCAAGCACGCCACUCGCAAGGCUAUAUACGACGCGCUCAGGGCGUGUCCGACAUUCAACCCUGCGUUGGAGACGGUCCCCGAGCUGGAAGACUGA